AUGGGAACCUCCGUGUCCAAAAGGAAGAAUUUAAGAAACGAUGCGAUAUCCUCUGUGGCAGCAAAAGUUAGAGCAGCGCGAGCAUUUGGAGAGUACCUGUCCCACACACAACCUGAAAACCGAAACGGAUCAGCUCAUCUUCUGUGUGAAACCUUGGUGGGUCCAGACCCGGAGUCCCCAAGUGACACAAUUAGCCCCAACAACAACAACCACCUCCAUCCCUGUUCCAACGCCACCAAGGGCUGUGAGGAAAAACAGGAGCCCAACCUGGUGAAACCCCCACUGGGCUUACUCCAGCCUCCUCCACCUUCCAUCACCAUCUCUACCAAAGCAUCGCGACUGUCCCUCGAGCGCAGCUUCUCGGCGGAGGAAGACCAGCAGAAGAGCGUGGAGUGCACCCUGCAGCCUGCUCGCGUGUACACCAUCACCAGCCAGCGCGGUAUGCUGAUGAGCAGCGGCCGGGGCAGCAAGGAGAGCCUAGAACUGGACGUCCUGAAGGAGAAGUCGGGGAGUGGCGGGGUGGGAUCCAGAGGUGGCUUGAUCCAGCCCUCCACUUCCCCUUCCUCCAACUCAUCGUCUCCAACUCAGUACCACCAUGCCAGCAGCGGCCGUGGCACCAGCCACCAUCACAGAAACCAUCAUGAAGCUCACCACGGGAACCACCACCACCACGGCGUCCCGGGCACCAAUGCACCCUCCAGUAGUGGAGGAAGUAGCGGGGCAAGUGGAAGCGGCAGUAGCAACCACCAGCAGCAGCAGUCUCUAUCUGCCGCUGGAUCCUACUCCCAUCAUGGAACACACCAUCACGGCCACCACCAUCACUUGUCUCAACCCCCGCUGCAGACCUCCGUCAGCGCCCACAACAUCCGCGGCUGGGGCGAGGGUGGGAAAGGGGAGGCGGAGUGCAGCGGGCUGGCCUGCGAGUCGUGUAGUGGAGCGCCCUCGCGAAGCCAGGGCUCCCUGGACCUGGAGAGCGCAAACCGAGAGGCAGGCAAGCAGCACCGACGCCUAGAGCGGAUGUGGAGUGUGGACCGGGUGACUGGGCUGGAGAGAGAGGACACCAACUGGUUCCCCAAGGAAAAUAUGUUCAGCUUUCAAACUGCCACAACAACCAUGCAGGCGUGAGUGGCUUUCCGGGGAUUUGUGCAGAGAAAAAGGAGAGUGAGGGAGCAGGAUUCGGCAGAAGUCAUCCAGAGGAACUUCCGGAAGCAUCUUCGGAUGGUGGGCAGCAGGAGGAUGAAAGCACAGACAUUCGCUGAGCGUAGAUCGAAGAGUUUCAGCCGUUCCUGGAGUGACCCCACCCCGGUCAAGACUGACUCUCCUCAUGAACCCAGAGACAGUGGAGACCUGCAGGCCUCCUGCGGUACAUUGGAUGAAGGGGGCCUUGAUGACAAUAUGGACUGGGAGGAGGAGCGAGAGAUGGAGAGGCUUGCCUGUGAAGGAGACGACUUUGUACCUCCCAAAAUCAUGCUGAUCUCUUCUAAAGUCCCAAAGGCAGAGUACGUUCCCACUAUUAUUCGCAGGGAUGACCCCUCCAUCAUCCCCAUCCUCUACGACCAUGAACAUGCAACUUUUGAUGACAUUUUGGAGGAAAUAGAGAAGAAGCUCACAGCCUACAGGAGAGGAAGCAAGUUCUGGAGGAUGCUCAUCUUUUGUCAGGGAGGUCCCGGUCACUUGUAUUUACUGAAGAAUAAAGUGGCAACCUUUGCUAAGGUGGAAAAGGAGGAGGACAUGAGCCAGUUCUGGAGGAGGCUCAGUCGCUUCAUGAGUAAAAUCAACCCAGAACCAAACCUUAUCCACAUAAUGGGAUGCUAUGUCCUGGGCAACCCCAACGGAGAGAAGCUGUUCCAGAAGCUGAAGAAUCUGAUGAGGCCUUAUUCUGUCGAGUUUGAGUCGCCGCUGGAGCUGUCUGCACAGGGCAAGGAGAUGAUUGAGAUGUACUUCGACUUCCGCCUCUACCGGCUUUGGAAGACACGGCAGCACUCCAAACUCUUGGACUAUGAGGAAUUUUUGUGACGAAGAAACGCAGAUAAUGGGCUCAGCGGAGCCCUACAGUGCCACGAGAAACCUGUUAAAAACUGAUCCAGUCACCGAACAUUGCUCAACUAUAAUGCUCGACCCGUCAACUACAUACAAACAGUCAUGCAUUCAUCCCGGAGAGGACUGGGAGGGGAGGAAGAAGGAUGACAGGCGGGACAAGGUGGCUGAAGACAAACUAAAUGAUGCUGUGCCUCCACUCCUCCUCAUUUUCAGAGUAAGGAUUGAAAACUUACAAAAAGGGCCCGAAAAAAUACACAUAAAAUAAAAAAUGAGGAAAAAGUGCUGGACUGUAACUGGACUGUCCACGUCUUAGUCACCAACU